GAAAAAAAGUAGAAGUAAAAAAAUAUAGGAGGAGCCAUAGAAGAAGCAGGGGGUGGUUUCAAAGACGCAGACCUUUUGACCUUAACAAAAGCCCCAUUAAAAGAGAGAAGCCAAAAGGUCUCUCUUUCCUUCUUUAUUGAGGUUUUUUGGCUUUUUGAAGUUUAAUAAAAGGAGAGAGAGGUUAAUUAACUUGAAAAAAAAAACCCAGAACAAAGCAGCUCAGGGUUUAGUUCAGUUCUUACAUUCAAGCUCUCAUAUUCUUACAUUUGAAGCCAAGAAAAGAGACUUUGUGGAUGCUCUUAAGAGAGAAACUUUUCGAUGUGCAGUGGUUCAAAGAGUAAACCAACACAUACUGGUUUCAACAUGGAGAAUGAAUUUCAAAAGCAAGAUGGGGUUUGCUAUGAUUUCUCUCUUUUGCUCGAGUUGUCUGCCUCGAAUGAUUUGACCGGGUUUAAGAGAGCAAUUGAAGUGGAGGGACAUGAUAUUGAUGCGCCAGGUUUGUGGUAUGGAAGGAGAAUUGGCUCGAAAAAGAUGGGAUUUGAGGAGAGGACACCCCUCAUGAUUGCUGCCUUGUACGGAAGCAAAGAUGUGUUGAAUUAUAUAUUGGAAACAGGUCAUGUGGAUGUCAACAGAGGGUAUGGUUCUGAUGGGGCCACAGCGCUUCACUGUGCUGCUGCCGGCGGCUCUUCUUCUGCACAUGAGGUUGCCAGGCUCUUGCUUGAUGCCUCUGCUGAUCCUAAUUCCGUUGAUGCCAAUGGAAAUCACCCUGGUGACUUGAUUGCCCCUGUUGUUGAGUCUGGUUCUAAUUCAACGAGAAAGACCCUGGAGAUCAUGUUAAAGGGUGGCAGUAGUGGUGAAGAAUCAUGUGUUUUGGCUUAUCAAAUUGUAAACGAGAUGGAUGGGCUGGAACAGCAAGAAAUUUCAACGCCAAGGGUUUCAAAAGACGGGCAUGAGAAGAGAGAGUAUCCUAUUGAUCUGACACUUCCUGAUAUUAAGAAUGGGAUAUAUGGGACUGACGAGUUUAGAAUGUAUACAUUUAAGGUCAAGCCUUGCUCAAGGGCUUACUCUCACGACUGGACAGAGUGCCCAUUUGUGCACCCUGGAGAGAAUGCUAGGCGUCGUGACCCCAGGAAGUACCACUAUAGCUGUGUUCCAUGUCCUGAGUUUCGAAAGGGGUCUUGCAGGCAGGGUGAUGCCUGUGAAUAUGCACAUGGUAUUUUUGAGUGCUGGCUUCAUCCUGCGCAGUAUAGAACUCGUCUCUGUAAAGAUGAGACAGGUUGCACUAGGAGGGUGUGUUUCUUUGCUCACAAGCCUGAAGAGCUUCGCCCCUUGUAUGCCUCUACAGGUUCGGCAGUGCCUUCUCCUAGAUCCUACUCAGCAAAUUGUUCAACUUUGGACAUGAGUUCUAUAAGCCCGCUUUCCCUUGGUUCUCCAUCUGUCUUGAUACCAUCCACAUCAACCCCACCAACUCCCUCCGGUUCCUCUUCACCUAUCGGUGGAUGGACAAACCAUUCUAAUGUGGUGCCCCCUGCAUUGCAGCUUCCUGGUAGCAGGUUGAAAUCUGCGUUGUGUGCUCGAGAUAUGGAGUUAGACAUGGAAUUGCUUGGGCUUGAAAGUCACCGUCGAAGGCAGCAGUUUAUGGAUGAGAUUUCUGGUCUUUCAUCUCCCUCCAGCUGGAACAAUGGUCUGUCCACUGCCUCAGCUUUUGCUGCCUCUGGUGAUCGAACUGGGGAGUUGAAUAGGCUUGGAGGAGUGAGGCCUACUAACCUUGAAGAUAUUUUUGGAUCCCUUGAUCCUUCAAUUUUACCUCAGAUGCAGGGACUCUCACUGGAUGCUGCAGUAGCUCAAUUGCAGCCUCCAACAGGGAUGCAGAUGCGCCAGAACAUCAACCAGCAGCUUCGGUCCAGCUAUCCCACCAGCUUCUCAUCAUCUCCUGUGAGAAGAUCACCAUCUUUUGGAGUUGAUCAUUCUGGAGGCGCAGCAGCAGCAGCUUUGAGUUCAAGAUCUGCUGCCUUUGCAAAGCGUAGCCAGAGCUUUGUGGAACGAAGUGCUGUGAAUCGUCAUACUGGGUUUUCUUCACCAUCAUCUUCAGCAAAUGUAAUGCCUUCUAACCUUGCUGACUGGGGUUCUCCUGAUGGAAAAUUAGAUUGGGGUAUCCAGGGAGAAGAGCUCAAUAAGCUCCGGAAGUCUGCUUCUUUUGGUUUUCGAAGCAAUGGUAGCAGUUUUGCUACAGCUGGUGCCUCAGUGCCAGCAACUGUUGAUGAGCCGGAUGUUUCAUGGGUACAGUCCCUGGUGAAGGAUACUCCUGCAAAAUCUGGGCCAUUGGGUUUUGAGGAGCAGCAGCAGUGUCAUCUUAACAUUGGAGGUUCAGAGACGCUCCCAGCUUGGGUGGAGCAGCUGUACAUGGAGCAGAAGCCAUUGGUGGCUUAGAAGCAAAUAGCAGCCCCAAUUUGGCCCAUAAUUCAUCAUUUAACUACUUAUUUAUUUUGCCAUUUUUUGAAUUUUUAUUAGUUUUGAUCACAUCUAGGAUGAAGAAACUGGAUAAAGGACAAAAGGAAAAAAAAAAUAGAAAUUAAAACCGAGGAAGAGAACAAAGAUAUCCGGGCAUGACUAAAUGUUUCUGCUCAAGGAUUUCUUAUAUUCGUAAGAAACAAUAGAUUCUUUUUCACUUGCAUAUAGAAGUGGGAAGCAUCAUCUUGUGCUGGUGAGAGUAGAAGCGGUGGCCUAGGGAUUUCAUUUUAUCCAUAGCCUGAUUUCAUUUUAGCUCUUGGGCUGUAUACAUCAUAUGUACUAAAAACUGUUACAGUAAUUACUUAAUAAAACAUGUAUCAGAAUUCGAUGGAU